AUGUUUGCCAGAGCUUUGGUUAGACCCAGUGGGACCAAUGGGAUUUUGCGUUUGUUUUUGCGUGCUCAAUCGACAAAUGCAUUGACAAAGACUAGUCUACCCUUCACUUAUUCGACUUCCGGACCUUCCAAAGUGUUGUACACUAACCAGCACGAAUGGAUUGCAGCUCACCAGGAUGGAACUGCGUUUGUUGGGAUUACGACAUAUGCUGCAGAUGCUCUAGGAGAUGCUACAUAUGUGGAAUUGCCAGAACCAGAGACUGAAUUGGAGGCUGGUGAGUCUGUUGGUUCUGUUGAGUCUGUGAAAUCAGCUUCUGAAAUUUACCAGCCAGUGGCAGGUACUGUUUUGGAGGCCAACAGUGCGUUGGAAGAGUCCCCACAACUUAUCAAUGAAGAUCCCAUGGGUGCUGCUUGGAUUGCCAAGAUUAAGAUUAAUGACGCAAAGGAUUUGGAAACCAGCGGUCUACUGACGCUGGAAGCUUACGAGGAAUCCCUAAAACAUGAUGAGCAUUAG